AUGACAUCGACUACAUCUAUCACUCUUCCUGCUUCCCCAGCGGCCACUAACGCUGCCAUUUGGAUUUCCGAUGACGGCUCUGAUACGGAAGAUGAAGACGACGAUGAGGGUCAAGCCUUUGACGAUUCGCAAUCUUGUGCAACAUCUACGUCGAUCAGCAUCGCAGACCAUUUGGAUAGCACAGGCACCAAUCAUGGCGCAACGGAACCAGAGGCCGCCCCCAGGGUGGUCGCGGCGCCAACAGUACCGACGGCUCAAGCGGAAGAUGCCCUAGCUUCGCCAAAUGAGCCACGAGGGCCCCACCGAGCCGACGCUGAACGGAUCCAGCAAUCUUCUUGUGAGAUGAAUCACAUACUCACCAGAGAUAUCUCUGCUUGUCAAGAUGUCAAUUUUGCAAACCCGCCCAUCAGCCCCGAAAGCCAGCUAUGCCUAGGUGUGGCAGACGGACAACAGCUUCACCCAGUACCUAACAGCGAACCGGGCAACAUGACGAUCGAUGCUAUCUCUAACCAAGGGUCUUGUCAGGAGGCCCAGAGUCCUCUGGACUCCCCCUCAGUGUGUACACAUUAUUCACAUACUGCCAGCCCCGUCGAGGUGGCCCAGACGCCACUCCAGGACAGUGAAGCGUUUGUAAGCACUUUGGGCGAUGAUAGCAUGCCUGGAGCCCAUACUCCGUCUCCCACAAAGCUGUCACUCGAAUCGCAUCAAGAGCAAGUCUUGGAUGGCGCAAACUGCGGACCCAGCGAUGCCGAGUCCGAGGCCUCAGAGGCUGAAUCCGGAUCCCCAUUUGAAGCCCAAGUGUCUCCCCCGUCUCAGGAGUUGCCGUUCCCGCACUGUUCUCGUCGCAGACCCUCACGUGCCCUCGAAAUGGUGCAAGAUAAGGACAGCGACGUAGACACUGAAGGUUCUGGCAGUGAGGAUGGCCUCGACGUUCCAGAAUUUGUGCGUGACGAGGACUAUUGUCCUUCGCCUCCAACCGAUCAAGGACAUGGCUCUGGAGACGAUUCCGAUGACGAGGAACAUCAUGGUCGCAAGCGUCGCAAGGUAUCUCGAUCUCCUCAUAGCUCAGUUCGCAGUACCCCCACCAGUGCUCGGAGCUCUCGUCUAAGACGAUCGACAAGACGUACCGCACAGUUACCGAGAGGGCGUCAAACGUCUGCAUGCGGCAUUGAGAGUCCAGCACCAUCACAGGCAAGACCAGUCCCCUCCGAGGCCAGGACGUUUCUUGCUCGAUUCGAGGAAUGGCCUCUCAGAGACGUUUCACUGAAGCGCAUCACUGAGGGCGACAAGGCGACAUUUCAACUGCAGUUUGUAUGGACCCCUGAUCUAAGUCAGCCGCAUGCUGACAGAUCCGUAUCGCAUCCUAAGAAGGGCAGAGGGCCGGCUAAGGCUUCACCUCCAGCUACCAGAUCGUCCGGUGGUAAGUGGACGCUGGAAGAGGAGAACAAGGUACGCACGAUGAGACAAGAUGGCUGUUCUUGGGCCGAGAUCCAGCGCGCCCUUCCACAUCGUUCCCAGGGCACGAUCCAAGUUCGGUACUCGACUAAACUCAAAAGUUGAUUCGGUCUAGUGCUGGAGCUCGAGGCUGUUAGAAGUUAUUGAUAUGGUAGAACACUGAGACAUAAAAAAAGAAAUACAACAUUGUUUUAUGAUUCAUCCUGAACUUUGCCGAUGCUGGCGUAGGAAUGAUCGCUAGUGAUAGCUCUCCUACGGUCGUCCGUUCACUGGUUGACCUGAGAUGGAGGACGCUUGCUCCCUCCAUGUCCGUGGUCAGAGCCUCCCGGUACCGCUGAAAUGGGGCACAGCGCGUCGCAGGCGCGUUAGGCAACUCCCUAAUCGCAGCACUCGUGAGGACGAUUGUCAAGGCCCAGGCUCAGGCCACUCGGUCCGGGACUGAUCCUAGCGGCCAAUGGUAAAUCUGGCAGCCGGGAAGUCAAAACAUGUUGAGGUACCGAUUUUGAUCCCCCAUGGCCAGCUCGCGGGAGGCAAAAGCUGAUGUGUCAUCGCGUUUGCACAGACACAUUUGGUAGCAGCGAU